GGAGCCCCCGGGUCGUUCUUCAGCUGCUUGUCAUAAGUAAGGCUGCCUUUGCAGAUUCCCCCAUACCUCUUGUUCUGUUCCUUCAGUUCUGGCGCCUAGUUGCGAAUUCCCCUCGACCUCCUUGAAUUACGUAUACACACUCGAUGACCGCCCGUUUUGCCCUCCCGGCGGCAUCGGGGACCUCUUAGUCCUAUCCAGCAAUAUAGCUUGAUAUUAGUCGGUUUGCCGCAAUGCGUCCACCGCGACUACUCCUCCUGCUUGCGUGCUUCAUCUUCCUUCCUGUCCUCCUCACCACGUUCUCCCUCGUGUCCGCACGUUUUCGACGGGGUACUGCAGCUACCUCAACACCUUCUCACCGCACCGGUCGCCUACGAGCUUUAUUCUCAUUCCACGCCCCAUCGGCUCUCUUCCCUCCCUCUGCUAUUAUAAGCUUGACCGAAGACAACUCUACUUUCUUCUUGGCCAGGCCUGCUGCGUUUGGCCCUCCUUUACCGUCGAAGGGUCUAAGUGGCCCCUUGUGGAUCGGGAGUGGGUUUAGUGAUGACACUUUGAGAAAAGGCGGCGUGGGAGUUGCUGCUGAGGGUGAACUCGGAUGUUCAGAUGUCCCUGGAUGGGAGGAUGGUAGCAAAAACAAGAACGUGCGGCUUGGGGCGGGUACCCAAGACGGACUUAAUAAUGAUGGCCGUAGUGAAGAGGGGGCUGGGCCUGGUGUUGCUCUGAAUAAUCGCCAAAAAAGAAGUAAUGAUGAUGUGAACCGAGCCGGUGGAGUGAGCGGUCCCAGCGAAAAGGACGGAACGGAUGACCAUCUGCACCACCCGCUACCGCAGUCAUAUACCCCAGAUCCAAACCUAAACGGUGGCGCGGGCCGACCGAACGAUAGACCCAGGGAUUCUACUCAUGCUGAUAUUCAGUCGCUGCAGGAGAGUGCGGAAAUAUCAGGCAAGGUAGUUCUAUUAAGCAGAGGCGGAUGUGGGUUUCUUGAAAAGGUUAAAUGGGUGCAGCGUCGAGGCGGUAUCGCCCUGAUUGUGGGAGAUGACACACGGGGUGGGGGAUUGGUGACAAUGUAUGCUCGUGGUGAUACGUCCAAUGUGACGAUUCCCGCAGUUUUUACAUCCUACACAACCGCACAUCUUCUUUCGUCGCUUGUUCCUCCGGAAAGGGCAUUCGAUGCCCCCAAGAUCGUCCCAGGGGAUGGAAAGCAAAAGAUAAAACCCAGUCUCGGAAAAGGAAAAGCUACUUCUUCUAGGGGUGCAUCAAAACCAAAAGUUACCUCGCUUGCUAAGUCCGAUUCGUCUCGGGCCGACAACCACGGAUUUCUCCAAUCCCUCGCUUCCUUCUUUGGAUUUUCUGGUCGCAAGAGUUCUCCUUCGAAUAUACAGGAAGAUAGCCGCCGGCCGCCUAGCAGUGGAAAUAUUGACUGGCCAUCUCAUGACACGCCUGAUCAGGGGAAAAAGUCAGAUAAGCAAGCAGGGGGAGUUGGUAGUUCGCUAAAUUCCCCGCAACCCGCUAGCAAUGAUGACUUUGUUAUUGGUGUUCAAGAUUGGCGCGACCCCGAUUUAGUACCAGUUAAAACAAGCACUAGUGUUUUGGCUACUGCAACUCCAUUGUCGCGUGCCAAAGGUCGAAGCAACAGUGGACAGAAGGGAAAUGCCUCAAAACAGGAUUCGGAUUCGGGUGUGCUAGAAGGAGGGAGCACCACUCCAAGAAGCGGAGAGUACAGAACCCAGAAGGACAGCCUGGAUGAGCCCGGAAAAGAUAAGAGCAGUGGAAGCAAGAGCAGACACUGGUGGAGUGGCCACUUUCGGUUGGGCGGAUCAAAGGAAAAUGAUCCCCCGCCGGCGCCAGAAUCACCCAAAAUUCCUCCUGAAGCCAAGAAGUUUCACGGUGCUGCCGGUUCUAUUGGAAAUGCCAAUGGUGGAAACGGGAUUGAACGUGAAGGACUUUGGGUGACAUUGACUCCCACUAGCAUGUCCACAAGCCCUUUUUUCGACACCUUACUCGUUUUAGUUGUUAGCCCCUUGAUCACUUUGACUGUUGUAUAUGCACUCCUUUUGCUACGAUCAAGAAUUCGACGUCGGCGAUGGCGUGCUCCGAAGGCCAUCGUUGAUCGUCUUCCUGUCAGGACAUAUCAUACAAUAUCCAACGUCAGCACUCCAAAUACGCCUUCUCCAGACGAUUCGUCACCCUCGUCCCCUUUGCUAUCACAUUCUCGACCCCAUUCGCCACGCCCGCGACCUCGUUCACAGACUUGUGGGCCUAUUUCAGCCUCUUCAAAUUCCUUGGAUCCGGGACAUGAUAAGGUAGAAAAGUCACGGUCCGGAUCGACGCUGUGGCGCCGAAAAUACACAGGGAGACAAGUUGAGUGUGUUGUUUGCUUGGAAGAAUAUAUCGAUGGGCUGAGCAAAGUCAUGAGUUUACCUUGUGGCCAUGAAUUCCAUGUCGAGUGCAUAACUCCAUGGCUUACGACACGCCGACGUACUUGUCCAAUUUGCAAAGGCGAUGUCGUUCGUUCACUUGGUGCUGCUGCCUCUGGCCGGCAUAUGGAACAAAUUCAACCUACAUCGGACGAUGGUCAAGCACAAAUCGCCGAAACACGCAAUGACUCUCCGACAUCAGCAAUCCCCAUUCCAGAAGAUGAUUUAGGUUCGGACCUCGAACGGGGAGUCAGCCCAUCCGCUUCCCUGCUCGGCAAUUCACAUGGGCCAGCGGCAGCGCAGUCGAGCUGGCGAAAUCUUGCGAAUCUAAGUUUAUCUGCUUUGAGCGGAGAUUCGAUGUGGCAUCAAUCUCGCCAUACACGAUCUCCGAGAAACCGUUGAAUAAUGAUACCUUGGUUCCCGCCUGUUUCCUUUUUCCUUUUUUUGCUUACGGAAUCAUCUUUUUUUUGCUCUCUUUUGAGCCUCUCCUUUCAUUUCUUUUGUCUGAACCAUAGUUUUAAGUUAAUGACCCCUUGGGUAGGGCAGGUGUUUGGUGUUUAGGGUGUUCCCAGCGGAGCGAAUCCCUGGAGUGAGCCUUUCUAUAUGGGGUUCAAAUGUUAGGGAGGGUUCUACCCCGGGAUUAUCAAAUAUUGGACAUGCUGCUAACCCUCUAUAAACAAAAGCGCAAAAGCAAGAGCG